UUCAAGGAAAAUUUUGGUCAUUCCCUCUGGAGAUAGCCAAUGAAAUCACAAGUAUCAAUGAAGGGACCAAUCAGCGCAUUGACCAUCUAUCUCUCUCUUUCACGUAUGUCUGUUCUCUCCUUGGGGAACGGACUGUCGAGUCUCACUUCGGUUGUUGUCUUCGGGUGCGGGUUGCCUACAUCGUAGGAGAGUAGGGUAGAAAGGCUUCGGCUGCGGGACCUUUUAAUCAUGAUUAAAUCUUAUCCGAUCAUCCCAAAAUUUUGCGCAUCCUAAUUUUAGUACUACCCCUAUCUUAUAAAACCCAUACCUCGAGAUAAAACUAUCUGCCAGCCGUGCCAGUUCAGAAAAACACUAUACCCCCCUGCAUGUAGGCAAUCCGGCCUCGGAUUUGGCUUUGCUGGGCGGGACCCGCCCGUUCUCCCCACACCAUCAACACUCUAGUUCGUCUUCGUCUCCGUCUCCCUCCGUUCCGUGUCCACCACCUCACGUCGUAAUAUUUGCUGACUGGCUGGAGUGUAAUUGUGAUUUCUUUGGAACUAAUUUGAAAACUAGAGUAUUUGCUUAUGCCUAUUAACUUUAGAUUAGUGCGUGUGCUCGUUUUACAUGUCUUUUGUUUUGAUUUCAGUUCGUAUCUUAUUUGUUGUGUGAGCUUCCGAUUCUGAUGUAAAGAUGGAUCAUGAUUCACGAUUGGACGAGCCGGAUUUUCGGGGAGCUGGCUUCGAUGGAGCUACGAAUCCUGCAUUGGGAGACUUGAGUCUGGACUACAGUUGUGCCCAAUGCAAAAGAGUUGUGCCUGGAGGCAUGACGGCUUUCCAAAAUCACUUGCAGGGAGGGUAUCAUAUCCCUCCAUUUAGAUGUGGACAGUCAAAUUGUUUUGCCUCAUAUACCAAUCGGCGUACUCUCUAUGGACAUUUGCGUGACCAUCAUCAAUCAUCGACUGCUAUACCAUCCACGCCUUCGUCAUCCAAUGCACCACCAGCAGUGUGUCAUUUCGUGGUUGAUGAACCCACAUUUGAUGAUUUAGAGGGAGCGGCGGCUUCAGUUUCUGAAAAUGAACAUGUUCUACAGAGUGCAGCCGAGCGCUCAGUUUUAAAAUUAAGAAGUGUGGCAUACAUGACUAAUGUAGCAAUCCAAGCUGUCAAUGAUCAGUGCCACACUCUCAUGCAGGAUACUGCUACCCAUCUUAAGCAAAAAGUGUUGGACUUUCUUAAUAAGCCAGAAGAAGAUAAAAAUCUGGAUCAAUUAUUGCAAGAAUUUUCCAUUGAAAACCCGUUUGAAAAGCUAAAGACUAAAUCACAACAGCUUAAAUGCUUUGAAAAGAAAUACGGCCUUCUCCUUCCUCAAGAAAUAUAUCUGGGAGAAACAUUUGUUUCAAGACAACACCCCAAACGACCACGGCUUGAACUCACUCAAGUACCUAAGUCAUAUCAGUAUGUCAGUAUCAUAGAUAUAUUAAAAGGUGUCAUGAGUGAUCCUUACUUGAGGGAUUUAAUUUUAUCUGAAAAGUCAAGCUCUGAUGGUUUCCUUCGGUCAUUUCGAGAUGGAGCCUUGUUCAAAACAUUGCCGCCAGACUUGCAAGGUGCUAUUCGUAUCAUUAUAUAUGUUGAUGACCUUGAAGUCCUUCAGGCGUUGUCCUCACAAGCUGGAGUUUAUAAGAUUGCUGGCAUUUACUUUGGAAUUCAAAAUCUUCCAGCAGAGCUUAACAGCCUUCUUAAUUAUAUAUUUGUUACAGCCCUUGCAAAUGCUGAUGAUGCCAAGCAUAAAGAAGUCUGGGAAAAAUUUCUUUCUGAUAUGAAAAAAUUAGAAACAGAGGGUUUUGACAUUGUCAUUGAUGGUGUUGUUCACAAUUUCAAAGCUGUGCUUGUGGCACAGAUAGGUGACACGCUAGCUGCCCAUGAAGUCCUUGGAUUUGUCUCUCCGUCCUGCCACAUGUUUUGUCGCUUCUGUUAUAUGAACAGGAAGGAUAUGUGGGCAGAUGGCACGAAGAUAGGUGCACCUCGAACUCCUGAGCGCCAUACUGAGGAUAUUCGUGGAUCUAACAAUGUGGUAGUAGUGAAAGCCACGGGUGUUAGAGGUUCACCAUUACUUGAUGGACUGCGCUUUUUCCAUUGUGUCCGAUCAAGUGUACCUGACAUUUUUCAUGAUUUGAACCAGGGGGUUUGCAAAAUGGAAGUUAAAUUAGCACUGAGAGAAUUUGUGUGCAAGAAAAAAUAUAUAACUGAGGAAGAACUGAAUUCCAGAAUACGACGUUUCGAUUAUGGUAUGGCUGACAAGAAGAACAGACCUUCUGCAAAGUUGUUUACCUUCAGAUAUUUAAAUGAGAUCAAGAAUUAUAAUUUGCAUCAGACAGGGGCACAGAUGUGGUUACUUGUACGCAGCUUCCCUUUCUUGUUGGGCGAUUUGGUUCCCAGAGGAGAUAAGCUUUUCCGUCUCGUGUGCUUGCUCAAUGAAAUAAUGGCAAUAUUGUUUGCUCGUUCUAUCUGCGAAUAUGACCUGCAAAUGUUGGACAAACUUGUUCAUGAGCAUCACUCUCUUUUUCAAGAAAUUUUUCCAGGGGUGCCAGUUGAAACAUCUAUGGCUGCUCAGCAAGAGGAAAUGCAGGCUCAAGUAGAGCUUGAAAACAGCUUUGUAAACCCUGAUGAUCCAGAAGCAGAAGUAGUAGAGCACAAUGAAGAGACACUGGAACGCCCUGAAACGGAUCUGGAACUCCUUGAAGAGGCACUGGAACUCCCUGAAGAGGAAUUUGCUGAUGAAGAAGCUGUGCCGCAUGAUGAAGAAAUCCAAGUUUUAAAUCAAGCUGAAGCAGGGAAUGUUUCUACUGGAACAGGAAAAUCUACUGCAAAAGCAGUGAAAAAAAAACCUAAAGUCAUCAGAAUGAUCAACAAACACCAUCAUAUGCUUCAUUAUGUAAAUUUUAUAAGAAAUUAUGGACCUUUAAUUCUUUAUUGGUGCAUAAGAUAUGAGGCUAAACAUUACUUUUUUAAGCUUUGUGCCACAGUUUGUCAUAACUUCAAAAAUAUUCUGAAAACUCUGAUGGAGAUACUACAAAUGAAAAUCAUUGCAGAUAAAUUAAAGACUUCAAAACGACUGACUAUGAGCAAAAGAGGAAGAGAACUAAUCUAUGUAAGCGAGUCCCUUCAUAGACAGGAGUUGUCUGCAUUUGGUUUGCAACCUGGAAGCAAAGUUUAUAAAGUUGAUUUUGUUGUUCUUGAUGGUGUGGAUUAUAGACCAGAAUUAUACAUCACUGAGAAGUUGAGGACUCAGUUUAGUCUUCCAGUGUUUGCUUGUAUCAAAGCUGUGUAUGUUUCAAGCUGUGAGAAACAUGUUUUUUUACUGGUACAAGAGUGGUGCACAGUAAAGUACGACUCACACUUCUGUGCAUAUCUUAUGAAGCCCCUUCGAGGAUCUCCAAUCGUCGUCAAAGAAGCCAGCAUGAUACCAUCCUAUCGCUUGUUGUCUGCUUGGACCCCUUUUGACAACUCAAAUGAUGUUUACCUUGCGCCAAGGACAAUUUCUUAAUUCACUGCCAUUUUUUUUACCCUCCUCUACAUCUUGCCUUCCUAAAUUUCAAUAGAAUUGACACACACUUAACUUUGUGUUGUCCAGAGCCUGAAGAUGAGUUUGCUCCCAUCAAACAUUUCUUCCAAGCCACGGAAUGGGAAGAGAUGUCUGCCUAUGACAAGAAGUCGUUCCUAUCCCGAUAUGAAAACUACAAUAACAUGAAAGAGGCUGGAUAUCCUGCAACUCUACCUG